AUGGAUCUGAUAAAGUAUAUAUUCGAAAAGCCUGUUGUUACUGGUAAAAUUGCCCGGUGGAAAAUGUUGUUAACCGAGUAUGAUAUACAGUAUGUGACCCAGAAAGCAAUAAACGGGAGUGUUUUGUCUGACUACCUUGCUCACCUGCCUGUAGAAGGUUUUCAACUAUUGAGGUUUGACUUUCCAGAUGAAGACAUCAUGUUUAUCAGAGACUUCACUAUUUCAGGCUUCGAAGUAACCCUUGAGGAAGGCCCCAAACCAGGAUCGCGAUGGACGCUCGUGUUCGACGGUGCUUCCAAUGCUCGAGGCCAUGGUAUAGGUGUUAUUAUCACUUCUCCAACCGAUUUCCACCUUCCAUUUACCUCUAGAUUAUGUUUUGACUGCACCAACAAUAUGGCAGAAUAUGAAGCAUGUAUCUACGGUUUAGAGGCGACAAUCGACUUAAGGAUCAAGAUUCUUGAGGUAUACGGUGAUUCAGCUCUGGUAAUCAGUCAAGUGAAAGGUGAUUGGGAGACUCGGGAUAGAAAGUUGAUACCUUACAAAGAGCAUAUCAGAAAACGGAUACCCUAUUUUGAUGAAAUCUCUUUCCAUCAUAUUGCUAGGGAAGAAAAAUAG